UGUGACCGGAGCAAGAAGCGAGUGAGUGAAGUAAGCGGUUCUUUGCGCUUAUACACGCGGUGUUUGUGCUUAAUUAAUUAAUGGCACCUACAGGUGAAGUUGUGAUUGGCUCUGGGGAGCGGGUCUGUGCUGACAACCGUCUGCGCUGGGACCUCACUCCAGACCAGAUCCACAAGCUUACCGAUGAGCUCAUUGCCAAGACCAAAAAGGUGUACGACUCGGUGGGUGCUCUGGACUUGGCCAGAGUCAGUUAUGAGAACACCCUCAAGGCACUUGCUGAUGUGGAAGUUGAGUACACAGUCCAGAGGAACAUGUUGGACUUCCCCCAGCACGUGUCCUCUUGUAAGGACGUCCGCACUGCCAGCACUGAAGCUGAUAAGAAGCUAUCAGAGUUUGAUGUGGAGAUGAGCAUGAGAGAGGAUGUUUAUCUGAGAAUCGUGGCUCUGGAGGAGAAGCUGUCAGAUGAGAGUUUGACUCCUGAGGCCAAGCGUUACAUGGAGAGACUCAUAAAACUUGGCAAGAGAAACGGCCUUCAUCUUCCCAAAGAUAUGCAGGAGGAGAUUAAAAAGAUCAAGAAAAAACUUAGCACUCUGUGUAUCGAUUUCAACAAGCACCUGAAUGAAGAUACAACCAGCCUUUCUUUCUCUCGAGAGGAGCUUGGAGGACUGCCAGAGGAUUUCCUUAACUCACUUGAGAAAGAAGAGUCUGGAAAACUGAAGCUAACUCUGAAGUACCCUCAUUAUUUCCCCACCAUGAAGAAAUGCUUCGUCCCUGAGACACGAAAGAAAUUAGAGGAGGCUUUUAACUCGCGCUGUAAAGAGGAGAACUCUGCUAUCCUGAAGGAGCUGGUAGAGCUGCGCUCUCAGAAGAGCAGUCUACUGGGCUUCAGCACGCAUGCUGACUUUGUGCUAGAGAUGAACAUGGCCAAGAACUCCAAGAAGGUCUCAACUUUCCUUGAGGAUUUGGCUCAUAAGCUGAAGCCCCUGGGUGAGGAGGAGAGAGCAGUGAUCCUGAAGCUAAAGGAACAGGAGUGCCUGAAGAGGAAUCUGCCCUUCAGUGGAGAACUGCAUGCCUGGGACACACGCUACUACAUGACCCAGGUGGAAGAGACCCAGUAUGCGGUGGAUCAGAACCAGCUGAAGGAGUAUUUCCCCAUGGAGGUGGUGACCCAGGGCCUGCUGGACAUCUAUCAGGAGCUGCUCAAUCUCACCUUUGAGCUGGUAGAAGGUGCUCCUGUCUGGCACGAUGAUGUGACGCUGUACUGUGUUAAAGACCGCACCUCGGGCCAUGUGGUGGGCCAGUUUUAUCUGGAUCUUUUCCCCAGGGAGGGAAAGUAUGGCCAUGCCGCAUGCUUUGGCCUGCAACCUGGCUGUUUGCUCAUGGAUGGGACCAGGCAAAUGGCUGUGGCUGCAAUGGUGGCUAAUUUCAGCAAGCCCACCGCUGAUGCUCCAUCCCUGCUGCAGCACGAUGAGGUGGAAACAUACUUCCAUGAGUUUGGACAUGUGAUGCACCAGCUUUGUGCCCAGUCUGACUUUGCGAUGUUCAGCGGGACUCAUGUGGAGCGGGAUUUCGUGGAGGCUCCAUCCCAGAUGUUAGAGAACUGGGUCUGGGAGAAGGAGCCACUGCAGCGCAUGUCCAAACACUACAAAACGGGAAACGCCAUUCCAGAGGAGCUUCUGGACAAGCUCAUCAAGUCCAGACUCGCUAACACGGGGCUGUUUAACUUAAGGCAGAUUGUUCUGGCUAAGGUGGACCAGGCUUUGCACAUUAAGGGUGGGAUUGACGCAGCUGAGGAGUAUGCUAAACUCUGUCUGGACAUCCUGGGAAUUCCUGCUUCAGCAGGGACAAACAUGCCCGCCACCUUCGGCCACCUUGCAGGAGGAUACGAUGCUCAGUACUAUGGUUACCUGUGGAGCGAAGUCUUUUCCAUGGACAUGUUCUUCGCCCGAUUCAAACAGGAAGGCAUUAUGAACCCCAAGGUGGGUUUGGAGUACAGGAAGUGUAUUCUGAAGCCCGGUGGCUCGGAGGACGCUGCCGACAUGCUGAAGAAGUUCCUGGGAAGAGAACCCAAGCAGGAAGCAUUCCUCCAGAGCAAAGGAUUGACAGUGGAGCCGGAGUCCGGCACACCCUGUGCCUGCUGACCGCGUGAGCGUUAGGACCAACCAAUAAAGCCUCAGACAGACUGAUACCUCCUUAGAAAAACCCAGAAAGCUCAUGCUCAUAUUACACCCUUUCCCAGCCCUGAACCUGUGCACAGAGCUUUUGUUUUGGAUGUUUGAAGCAUCAUUUCAAAAUUGAAAAUUGUAUUGAAACCUGUUUAAAAAAAAAAAAAAAAAAGACAAAAUGCUAUCUUGACUCCUUUGUUUUUCUGAUGUGUUUUUUGUUGAAUAUAAUGAAUUCCCUACAGGAAAUAUGGAGCAACUGCCCCAAUGCACUCAUAACAUCAUUAGGCUUAUGUCACAUGCGAUACAACCUUUGGUUCUCAACAGGACACCAGGAAACCAUAUUUUUUACAUCGUGUUAUUUCGUGCAUCUCAUUUCGUGAGAUUCAUUCUAUUAGAAAUGUGUUUCGUGAGAUUCAUUCUACAAGAAAUGUGUUUAAUUAGAAAGUUACAGGAGUAUUGCACAAUAUUUCCUCCGUCAAAUUGUCAAUCGUUUUAAUCACAACUCAAAGCAACCUGACACCUGAUCCCUUAGUGAUCGUAGACUUCGGUUAUUUUAUCUCAGGACCGAAGGGACCUGAACAUGUUAAAAGGAGCAUGGCUGAAACAAACAACACAGAGUAAAACUUAACUGAUGCAGAGGUUUAGUUAACAGCGCAAUAAAAUAACCUGCACCUCGAAGGAAUGAGAUCAGCAGCAAAGCCAACAUGUUUCAACAGGUUCACACCUGCUUGUCAUUUAAAAUAAUUUUGCAAUUAAUUACGAUUAAAUUAAAAUGAUUUCAGUGGUCUUUGGCACAUAUAAUCAGACAUGAAAAGCAACAGUUUAUGCGUGUAUACAAUUCACUUUUUCCACAUUUUGUUAUGUUACAGCCUUAUUCCAAAAUGGAUUAAAUUCAUUAUUUUCCUCAAAAUUCUACAAACAAUACCCCAUAAUGACAACAUGAAAGUAGUUUGUUUGAAAUCUUUGCAAAUUUAUUUAUAUAUAUAUAUAUAUAUAAAAAAAAAAAAACAUGUACAAAAGUAUUCACAGCCUUUGCUCAAUACUUUGUUGAAGCACCUUUGGCACCAAUUACAGCCUCAAGUCUUUUUGAGUAUGAUGCUACAAGCUUGGCACACCUAUUUUUGAGCAGUUUCUCCCAUUCUUCUUUGCAGGACCGCUCAAGCUCCAUCAGGUUGGAUGGGGAGCGUCGGUGCACAGCCAUUUUCAGAUCUCUCCAGAGAUGUUCAAUCAGGUUCAAGUCUGGGCUCUGGCUGGGCCACUCAAGGACAUUCACAGAGUUGUCCCGGAGCCACUCCUUUGUUAUCUUGGCUGUGUGCUUAGGGUUGUUGUCCUGUUGGAAGAUGAUCCUUCACCCCAGUCUGAGGUCCAGAGCACUCUGGAGCAGGUUUUCAUCAAGGAUGUCUCUGUACAUUGCUGCAUUCAUCUUUCCCUCGAUCCUGACUUGUCUCCCAGUUCCUGCCGCUGAAAAACAUCCCCACAGCAUGAUGCUGCCACCACCAUGCUUCACUGUAGGGAUGGUAUUGGCCAGGUGAUGAGCGGUGCCUGGUUUCCUCCAGACAUGACGCUUGCCAUUCAGGCCAAAGAGCUCAAUCUUUGUUUCUCAUGGUCUGAGAGUCCUUCAGGUGCCUUUUGAAAACUCCAGGCAGGCUGUCAUGUGCCUUUUACUGAGGAGUGGCUUCCAUCUGGCCACUCUACCAUACAGGCCUGAUUGGUGGAGUGCUGCAGAGAUGGUUGUUCUUCUGGAAGGUUCUCCUCUCUCCACAGAGAAACGCUGGAGCUCUGUCAGAGUGACCAUCGGGUUCUUGGUCACCUCCCUGACUAAGUCCCUUCUCCCCCGAUCGCUCAGUUUGGCCAGGCGGCCAGCUCUAGGAAGAGUCCUGGUGGUUCCAAACUUCUUCCAUUUACGGAUGAUGGAGGCCACUGCGCUCAUUGGGACCUUCAAUGCUGCCGAAAUUUUUCUGUAUCCUUCCCCAGAUCUGUGCCCCGAUACAAUCCUGUCUCAGGGGUCUACAGACAAUUCCUUGGACUUCAUGGCUUGGUUUGUGCUCUGACAUGCACUGUUAACUGUGGGACCUUAUAUAGACAGGUGUGUGCCUUUCCAAAUCAUGUCCAAUCAACUGAAUUUACCACAGGUGGACUCCAAUCAAGUUGUAGAAACAUCUCAAGGAUGAUCAGUGGAAACAGGAUGCACCUGAGCUCAAUUUUGAGUGUCAUGGCAAAGGCUGUGAAUACUUAUG